AUGGCGGCGAGCUACCUCCUCUACAUCGUGCUCCGCGUCUUGGACGUGAGCCCCUGGGUCCUCUACGGCUGCUACUGCCUGCUCAACUUCACGCUGAAUUUCGGGCCCAACGUGACGACCUUCGUGCUGCCGAGCGCGACGUACCCGCGCGAGAUGCGGAGCUCGAUGAACGGGCUCUCGAGCGCCGCGGGCAAGCUCGGCGCGGUCCUCGGCACGGAACUGCUGCCGACGCUCGAGCUCUCCUACAAUUUGAACGUCGUCCUCUUCUUCUGCAUGGCCACGUGCGUCGCCGGCGCGCUCCUCACGUCCUGGGCCGUCGACGACGACGAGCCCGACCGCGCCAAGGCGGACCCGAGCCUCGAGGCGCCGCUCGUCGUCAACGCCGACACCGUCUAG